GGAGGCGCGACGCGGGUCGUCCGCGUUCACUGUAAUCGUUUUCGCAGGUGUCCACUGGAAUUUACGCGUCGACCACUACGUCGGCGAAGAAGUUUAAGCAGAAUGACGUCCAAAUGUCCUCGUUGCGAAAAGCCUGUGUUUUUCGCGGAGAAGGUGAGCUCGUUGGGGAAAAACUGGCACCGGUUCUGUCUGAAAUGCGAACGCUGUAAUAAGAUCCUGUCUCCUGGUGGCCAUGCAGAGCAUGAUGGAGUGCCUUACUGUCACAAGCCUUGCUAUGGCACCCUCUUUGGACCAAAAGGAGUGAAUAUCGGAGGGGUGGGGUCUUACAUUUAUGACACGCCUCCUGCCACACCAGUCGACAAAUCAUCAGACAGCCCUUCAAACGGCUCGCCAACCACACCCUGGACCACAACACAGAUCAACCGCAACCUCCCAAAAGUGACUCCAGCACAGACCAGGACGUUUGCUGGAGAGACUUCUCUAUGCCCCGGCUGUGGUAAAGUGGUAUACUUUGCUGAGAAGGUGAUGUCCCUGGGUCGCAACUGGCAUCGGCCCUGUCUGCGCUGUGAUAGGUGUAAGAAAACACUGACCUCUGGUGGUCAUGCUGAGCAUGAAGGCAGGCCAUACUGCCAUGUCCCAUGCUACGGCUACCUGUAUGGGCCAAAAGGCGUCAACAUAGGAAAGGUGGGCUGCUAUGUCUAUGACCAGGACAGAGAGGAGAAUGAGAUUUCCAACGAAUCGUAACUCAGCCAAAUGUUACAUACACACAUACACACACACACACACACACACACACACACACUGACGUACUUAGACACCGCAAGUCUGUUACAUUAUUAUUUGCCACUUGUUUUUAAAAUACAUGGAAAGAUUUGUAUGCGGCUUCCUUGACUCUGUGUCCCCUGCCCAGUCACUUCAUACUUAUGUUACGCCACAUGUGAUAUGAACCACACAAACACACACACACACACACACACACACACACACACACAAACACAAACACAAACACACACCUUGACUCUGUGUCCCCUGCCCAGUCACUUCAUGCUUAUGUUACGCCACAUGGGAUAUGAACCACACACACACACACACACACACACCUUGACUCUGUGUCCCCUGCCCAGUCACUUCAUGUUUAUGUUACGCCACACACACACACACACACACACACACACACAAACACACAAACACACACACACACAAACACAAACACACACCUUGACUCUGUGUCCCUUGCCCAGUCACAUCAUGCUUACGUUACGCCACAUGUGAUAUGAUCCAUUAACACUGCUCCAUGUCUUUAUGUAGAGUGCAUGCACCUGAUAAUGUUUAUGCCAAUGCCCACACACACACACACACAUCAUUAUCACUGAUGUUAAAUACAUACAAUCACAAUUUGCAAAAGUAAAGUAGAAAUAUCUCUUUGUCGAAGCAUGCACUGUAUGUAUGACAAUUGAAACUGCCAGUAACGGAACAGAAGCUGUAAAUGAUUAUUUGUGUAUUAUGUAUGAAUAAAAUGUUAAAAGAAGCUUACACAA